AUGGCGUCAGAUUCAAACGGCUGGAGGACCAACGUCGCUAGGAGGGAGAAGGAGGUGAGGAGCAGGAGGGCAGCGUCAGAAGGAGGUGGAGGAGGAGGAGAAGGAGGAGGUGGAGGAGACGACCAGUCGGGGAGGCUGAGAGUCCAUCAGCUGGAGAAGCAGCGGCUGGAGCUGAAGGCUGUCCACAACCAGGAGGUGUGCCGGCUCCAGGCCCAGGUGACCCGUCUCAGGUGCUCCGUGGAGCGAGGAGAAGCACAGAGGGAGGAGCUUCAGUAUCAGCUGACUCUGAGCCAGAGAGACGCCACCCGGGCCUCCGGGCUCACAGCUGACCUCCAGCAAGAUCUGCAGAAAGCUCUCGAGGACCAGCAUGCUUUGCAACAGGAAGUCCAGGAGCGUAACCGACUGAUUGACAGCUUCAGUUCAGAAAAGCAGCGACUGCACCGCCUGCUGCAGGAUCAAGAGGAGGCUCUGGAGGAGGUGCAGAAGAAGAGGGACGAGGAGGCCGAGACGAACAGACGACGAGCCGGAGAACUGAAGUAUCUAACGGAGAGCGAGGAGAGGAGGAGGAGAGAGAAGGAGGAGUCGGAUCAGAGGGUGAAGUCUCUGGAGGAGAACGUGGAGGAGGAGAGAGCAGCUCACCUGGAGACAAAGGUCACCUGUGAGGUCAUCCAGCUGCGGGGGCGGGACCUGGAGGCGGCGCUGGUGGCCCAGCGGGCCGGCCAGCAGGAGGCGCAGCGCGGCCUGGAGCUGCUGGCGGCUCGGCUCGGCGCUCUGGAGCGCCUCCAGAGGGAGUACGACCAGUGUAAGUCUGCCCUGAGCGCUGCCUUGAAGACAGAGAGGACAACGACCUCUGACCUCGCAGAGAGGCUGGACAAGGAGGAGAGACGGCACGCUAACACACACAUGCUGCUGGAGCAGGAAGCUCAGAGACGGAAAGAUUCAGAGGAAUGUUUGAGACACAUGAGAGACACACUGCAGCAACACACCUCCACAGGCGCUAGUCCUCCUGCAAAGCAUGAUGGGAGGUGGAGUCCCUCCGCUGACGUCCUGCAGCUGCUGAAGGAGACGCUCCUCGCCGAGCGGCGCCGGCUGGAAGCGGCCGGCAAACAGGUCCUGGAUCUGCUGCUGGCCUCAGAGCGGCUGCAGCAGGAGAACCAGGAGCUCACACGGCUGACCUCAGAUCAGAGUCGGCAGGUGGAGGAGGCUCAGCAGGCCUCCGUCACACGGGAGGAGGAGGUGACACGCCUUCGCCAGGAGAGCUCUGAUUGGUCGACGAUGAGCCGAGGUCUGGAGAGAGAGCUGGAGACAGAGAGGGAGGAGAGGGAGAAAGAGAGGGAAAGAGAGAAGAGAGAGAGGGAGCAAGAGGUCCAGAAGAUAACGGACCACUACCAGAAAGAGUCAAAGGCCCGUCUCUCCUUCCUCUACCUCCUCUACCAGCGCCUCCUGGCUGGCUGUGUUCUUCUUGAUCAGCCCCAGAGCAUUCUGGGAGAUUUCACCUGGAAGGAGCUGUGUGAUGUCAUCACCGAGCAGGUGGACCAGCUGACCUCUGACCUCCACAGGGCCGAAGACAAGACCGCCCAGUUGCAGCGUGUGUGUGACAAGAAGAGUGUGUGUGUGCGUGAGCUGCAGCGCAGUCAGGAGUGUGUGUUGACUCGUGUGGAGGAGAGCGUGAGGAGGAGGGAGGAGGCGUGGAGCAGCCGGCACACACACACCGUGACACGCCUACAGAAGGAGCUGCAGCUUUGUCGCUCUCAGUACAACUCCCUCCGCGAUCGCGCCUCCUCCCUGGAGCUGCGUGGUUCCUCCCUGACCUCCGACCUCUCCCUCAGCAAGGGGGAGGCGGCCUCCUUCCUGUCGGCGUGCGCCCUGCUGGCCGGCGCCCUGGUGCACGCCCACCGGCGCCUCGGGGCGCUCUCCGAGCAGAAGGCGCUGCUGUGCCGGCGUCUGGCGGAGAGGGAGGCGCUGGAGGAGGAGGUGAGGAGGCUGGCUGGCGCUCUGGGGGGCGAGGAAGACGAAGAGGGGGAUGAAGAGAAGGAGGAGAGGAGGGGGAGGAUGGCGGCGAGGCGCUGGAGGAGGAGCGUGCGCGCGGUGCUGGCGGUGACGAGGUGGCGCGCGCUGGCCGAACGCACCACGGUGUUGUUUCGCCUGGAGACGGGCGUGUGCGUCUGUGCAGGGGUCGCCACGACAACACAGGAGGGUCAGGAGGCACGGAGACCAGAUAAAGAUGAAGAAGAUGAUGAUGACGGUGGUAAAGGGGCGUGUGCUCGCUGGCUUCGCUCCAAAGUUCUCUCCUCCAUCAUUCUGUCCUCCAUGUCCGACCUGCAAGUGGCGCUAACACACACUGGCUCUGCGCCUGCAGACGUGAUGUCAGCUGCUCGUUCUGCUUUGGCCCGCCUCCUGGAUCGAGUUCUAGACCAAUCGGACGCGGAGUCCGGUCUCCAUCCCGGCCGAUUGGACGAGGACACGCUGAGUCCAAGACGGACGCCUGCACGGCCAAACA